GGACCGGACGGCGCAGGUGCCUUAGGACCUCCCGAUGGGGUGGCUUGGCUCUGGGCUCACGUUCCCUGUGAGCUGCCUGAUCCUGGUGUGGGCGGCAGGCUCUGGGAGUGUUCAGGUCCGGGAUGGGCCCACCUGCUUCUCCGACUACCUCAGCACCUCCACCUGUGAGUGGAGGAUGGGCGGCCCCACCGACUGCAGCGCCGAGCUCCGCCUCACCUACCAGCUGGAUUCCGAAAACCACACGUGUGUCCCUGUGAAUGGAGAGAGCGCUGUGUGCCUGUGCGACAUGCUGAUGGACCUCAUAGUCAGUGGGGACACCUACCAGCUGGACCUGUGGGCUGGGAAGCAGUGGCUGUGGAGUGGCUCCUUCAAGCCCAGCGAGCAUGUGAAACCCAGGGCCCCCGGAAACCUCACGGUUAACGCCACCGACUCCCACACGUGGCAGCUGACCUGGAGCGACCCGUACCCUCCCAAUGGUAGUCUGCACGCCAAGCUCUCCUACCUGGUCAACAUUUCAAAUGAAGACGACCCCACGGAGUUCCUAGUCCGUAAUGUGACCUACAGGGAGCACACCCUCCACGUCCCAGCCAGCACCCUGAAGCCCGGGGCCCUCUACAGCGCGCGGGUGCGGGCCUGGGCCCCGAGCUACAACAGCAUGUGGAGCGAGUGGAGCCCCCGCGUCCAGUGGCUUCACGACUACGAGUGGCCCUGGGAGCAGCACCUCCCACUUGCCGUCAGCAUCUCCUGCAUCGUCAUCGUGGUCGUCUGCCUGUCCUGCUACUUCAGCAUCCUCAAGAUUAAGAAGGAAUGGUGGGACCACAUCCCCAGCCCGGCCCACAGCUCCCUCGUGGCUAUUGUCAUCCAGGAGCCUCAGGGGCACUGGCAGCAGCUGGCACACUUUGCCAAGGUACACAGCGAGUUAGUAGCAGGCCCAUAG